AUGGCGGAUCGCAGCCUCGAGAGCCUCUCUCUGCCGCUGGAGGUGAGAGCCCGGCUGGCUGAACUGGAGCUGGAACUGUCGGAAGGUGACAUCACGCAGAAGGGCUAUGAAAAGAAGAGAUCAAAAUUGAUUGGGGCCUACUUGCCACAACCUCCGGGAGUGGAUCAAGCACUGCCACAAGAACGCCGAACUCCCGUUACCCCCUCCUCCUCCUCUCGCUACCAUCGACGCAGGUCCUCAGGGUCACGUGAUGAGCGCUACCGGUCAGACGUCCAUACAGAAGCCGUCCAGGCAGCUCUUGCAAAACAUAAAGAAAGGAAGAUGGCGGUGCCGAUGCCAUCCAAGCGACGUUCAUUGGUAGUGCAAACCUCAAUGGAUGCCUACACACCCCCAGAUACCUCAUCUGGUUCAGAAGAUGAAGGCUCUGUACAAGGUGAUUCCCAGGGAACUCCAACCUCAAGCCAAGGGAGUAUAAAUAUGGAACACUGGAUCAGCCAAGCAAUCCAUGGCUCUACUACAUCUACAACUUCUUCAUCUUCAACGCAAAGUGGAGGCAGUGGUGCUGCACAUAGGCUAGCAGACGUAAUGGCGCAAACACACAUAGAAAAUCAUUCUGCACCUCCAGAUGUUACUACGUAUACGUCGGAACACUCAAUACAAGUAGAAAGACCACAAGGUUCAACGGCAAGGGUGGCACCCAAAUACGGAAAUGCUGAACUUAUGGAAACUGGGGAUGGAGUUCCAGUGAGCAGCAGAGUGUCGGCCAAAAUUCAGCAGCUGGUCAACACCCUAAAACGACCCAAGCGGCCACCAUUACGAGAGUUCUUUGUAGAUGACUUUGAAGAAUUAUUAGAAGUUCAACAGCCAGACCCAAACCAACCAAGGCCAGAGGGAGCUCAGAUGUUGGCUAUGCGAGGAGAACAACUGGGCGUGGUCACGAAUUGGCCUCCAUCACUUGAAGCAGCAUUACAACGAUGGGGGACGAUUUCUCCGAAAGCUCCUUGCCUAACCACUAUGGACACCAAUGGAAAGCCACUAUAUAUUCUCACUUACGGCAAACUUUGGACCCGUAGUAUGAAGGUCGCAUACAACAUUCUGCAUAAAUUAGGCACGAAGCAAGAACCAAUGGUGCGGCCAGGAGACCGGGUAGCGCUAGUAUUCCCCAACAAUGAUCCUGCUGCUUUUAUGGUAGCGUUUUAUGGCUGCCUCCUUGCGGAAGUUGUCCCAGUUCCUAUUGAAGUGCCACUUACCAGAAAGGAUGCAGGAAGUCAACAGAUUGGCUUCUUGCUCGGAAGCUGUGGCGUUACUGUGGCCUUGACUAGUGAUGCAUGCCAUAAAGGACUGCCUAAGAGCCCUACAGGGGAAAUACCACAGUUUAAAGGCUGGCCAAAGCUGCUAUGGUUUGUCACAGAAUCAAAACACCUUUCUAAACCUCCUCGAGACUGGUUCCCACAUAUCAAAGAUGCAAACAAUGACACAGCUUACAUUGAGUACAAAACCUGUAAAGAUGGAAGUGUUCUUGGGGUGACGGUGACAAGAAUUGCACUCCUCACCCACUGUCAAGCCCUUACGCAGGCCUGUGGAUAUACAGAAGCUGAAACCAUUGUGAAUGUAUUAGAUUUCAAGAAAGAUGUAGGUUUGUGGCACGGGAUUCUUACAAGUGUUAUGAACAUGAUGCAUGUUAUAAGCAUCCCAUAUUCUUUAAUGAAGGUAAAUCCGCUUUCUUGGAUACAGAAGGUCUGCCAGUAUAAAGCAAAAGUUGCUUGUGUAAAAUCUAGGGAUAUGCACUGGGCAUUAGUAGCACAUCGAGACCAACGGGACAUCAACCUUUCGUCACUCCGUAUGCUAAUAGUUGCUGAUGGCGCCAAUCCAUGGUCUAUUUCGUCUUGUGAUGCAUUUCUCAAUGUCUUCCAAAGCAAAGGCCUGAGGCAAGAGGUCAUCUGUCCUUGUGCUAGUUCACCAGAGGCCCUCACCGUGGCUAUAAGAAGGCCGACAGAUGAUAGCAACCAACCACCAGGCAGAGGAGUGCUGUCAAUGCAUGGUCUUACGUAUGGAGUCAUUAGAGUGGAUUCUGAAGAAAAGCGAUUUGUGCGGGUACCCUUUCUGCAGACCCUGUGGUAUGUAGGGAUUGGAAAUAUAGUUUAUGUCUUGGUCCUGACCUGGCUUCAACUGAGCAGGUUGUUUCUGAGGAACCAGCUGAUGCUGUGCAUGAUGCUGAUGAACUUUUCCACAAGUUGUUGCAGGUUGAAUUACGAUUAUGAAAUUGGUUGCCCGCAUAUGGAAGUCCCGAUCAGGCUGAAUGGCAUUUGA